AUGCCUUCCACUGGAGAGAUAAAAAAUCCAAAGACCUUAUACGACAAGGUCUUUGAAGAUCAUGUUGUUCACAAAGAUGAAUCAGGCUCUUAUUUAUUAUACAUCGACCGUCAUUUGGUCCACGAAGUUACUUCCCCACAAGCCUUCGAAGGUCUUAAGAAUGCUGGUAGAGUAGUCAGAAGGAAAGAUUGCACACUUGCUACAGUAGAUCACAACAUUCCAACGGAUUCUAGAAAAAACUUAACUACCUUGGACAAGUUCAUUAAGCAGGAUGACUCCAGAUUACAGGUGAAGACAUUAGAGCAAAACGUCAAGGACUUUGAUGUCACCUAUUUUGGUAUGAAAGAUAGCCGUCAAGGUAUUGUCCACGUUGUAGGACCUGAGCAAGGGUUCACCUUGCCAGGUACUACGGUUGUGUGUGGUGACUCCCAUACUUCCACGCAUGGUGCCUUCGGUUCUCUAGCUUUUGGUAUUGGAACUUCUGAAGUUGAGCAUGUUCUGGCAACUCAAACAAUUAUUCAAGCAAAAUCAAAGAACAUGAGAAUAACCAUCGAGGGCGAGCUGGACGAAGGUAUCACCUCUAAGGAUUUAGUUUUACAUGUUAUUGGAGUGAUUGGUACCGCAGGUGGUACUGGUAGUGUCAUUGAAUUCGCUGGUAAGGCAAUUGAAGAUCUAACUAUGGAAGCAAGAAUGUCUAUUUGUAAUAUGGCAAUUGAAGCCGGUGCCAGAGCUGGUAUGAUCAGACCAGAUGAGACUACUUUCAAGUAUAUCGAGGGACGCCCCCUGGCUCCAAAAGGAGAGCAAUGGACCAAGGCUCUAAACUAUUGGAAGACUUUAUAUUCUGAUGAAGGUGCUAAAUUUGACUAUGAAAUCGUGAUCAAGGCCAAAGAUAUUGUUCCUACUAUCACUUGGGGUACAUCUCCUCAAGACGCUCUGCCAAUUACCGCAUCUGUGCCAGACCCAGAGAAGGUUGAAGAUCCUAUCAAGAAGUCGGGAAUGGAAAGAGCUUUAUCUUACAUGGGAUUAACACCUAAUGUCCCACUAAAGGAUAUCAAGAUUGAUAAGGUUUUCAUUGGAUCUUGUACCAACUCUCGUUUGGAGGAUCUGCGAGCUGCUGCCAAAGUGGUAAAAGGUCACAAGAAAUCCGACAAUGUUAAACUAGCUCUGGUUGUUCCAGGGUCUGGUUUGAUCAAACUACAAGCUGAAAAGGAGGGUUUGGACAAGAUAUUUGAAGAGGCUGGGUUUUCCUGGAGAGAGGCCGGAUGCUCUAUGUGUCUGGGAAUGAAUCCUGAUAUUCUGGACCCAGAAGAGAGAUGCGCCUCCACUUCAAACAGAAACUUUGAAGGUCGUCAAGGUGCUAGAUCUAGAACACAUUUGAUGUCUCCUGCCAUGGCAGCAGCAGCUGGUAUAGCUGGUCAUUUUGUUGACAUCAGAGAGUUUGAAUACAAGGAAGACAAGAGUCAACCCAAGAUUGCAAUUCAAAGUGAAGAGGAUGCUGAAUUACAGGACGCUGUUUACGAGCAUGAAAAGAAGCCUCUGGCUGAGGGUGAAUCUAAGGAUGAACUAGAAGAAGAUGAAAUUAAGGACAUACCUCCACCUGAUCACACCGUUCAAGAAACUCCCCUAAAAACUUCAGCUCCAGCUGUUGCAGCUGCAAUGGAAAAGUUUUUAACUGUUGAGGGUAUCGCUGCUCCAUUAGAUAAGGCCAACGUCGACACGGAUGCAAUUAUUCCAAAGCAAUUCUUAAAGACUAUCAAACGUACAGGAUUAAAAGCUGGUUUGUUCUAUGAAUUACGUUUUGUGAAGGAUGACCAGGGUAAAGACGUUGAAACUGACUUUGUUUUAAAUGUAGAGCCUUAUAGAUCUGCUAGCAUCCUUUGUGUUACCGGAGACAACUUUGGAUGUGGUUCUUCUCGAGAACACGCUCCUUGGGCCCUGAAAGAUUUUGGUAUAAGAUCUAUCAUUGCUCCAUCAUUUGGUGAUAUUUUCUACAACAAUUCCUUCAAGAACGGAUUACUCCCUAUCAGAAUUGAUCAAGAUAUUAUUUUAUCUAAGCUAUACCCUGUUGCUACAAGCGGAAAGAAACUUACCAUAGAUCUUCCAAACCAACAGAUUUUAGGCCCCGAUAAGGAAGUUCUUGUAGAACAUUUCGAAGUCGAAGAUUUCAGAAAGCACUGCUUAAUCAAUGGUCUGGAUGAUAUUGGAAUCACUCUCCAAAAAGAGGAGUUCAUCAACAAGUACGAAGAGAUGAGAAGAGAUAGAUUCUCUUUCCUUGAAGGAGGAUCCAAACUAAUCGUCCCAGCCAGAGGUACCAAGAGAAGCCGUUACGGAAAUAAAGCUCAAGAAUGGUAA